AACAUGGGUAGAGGUAGGGUUCAGUUGAAGAGAAUAGAGAACAAGAUCAACCGUCAAGUCACUUUCUCCAAAAGGAGAGGUGGAUUGUUGAAGAAAGCUCAUGAGAUCUCUGUUCUUUGCGAUGCCGAAGUUGCUCUGAUUGUCUUCUCUCACAAAGGGAAGCUCUUUGAGUACGCUACUGAUUCAUGCAUGCAAAAGAUACUUGAACGCUAUGAGAGGUACUCCUAUGCAGAGAGACAGCUCGUUGAUCCUGCACCUGAAUCACCGGGUGACUGGUCUCUGGAGUAUCACAGGCUUAAGUCCAAAAUUGAACUUUUGCAAAGGAACCAAAGGCACUAUUUGGGAGAAGAUUUGGACUCACUGAGUGUGAGAGAUAUCCAAAAUUUGGAGCAGCAGCAUGAAUCUGCUCUCAAACACAUCAGAUCAAGAAAAAAUCAGCUCAUGUGUGAGUCCAUCUCUGAGCUCCAGAGAAAGGAAAAGGCAAUACAGGAGCAAAACAACAUGCUUGCUAAGAAGAUCAAGGAGAAGGAGAAGACUAUGGCACAACAAGCACAGUGGGGGCAGCAAAACCAUGGCCCCAAUACAUUAUCCUUCCUGCUGCCACAGGGACCUCCUUGCAUGAAAAUUAGUGGUGCAACUGCUUAUCAGCAGGAAGAAGCAGCAGCAGCAGAUGAGAUGAGGCGUAACGGGCUUGACCUCACUCUUGAACCACUGUAUUCAUGCCAUCUUGGAUGCUUUGCUGCAUGA